GGGAGAGGCAGAAUUACAUGAGGAUAUAUCCUCGGUGAAAGAAACCUCUUAAAUCUGGGAGCUGGAAUUGGAGCCACAGAAACUACAGAGAGGAAGCCACAAAACCACAGUCAGGAUGCCUGCUAAUGGGAAUAGUCCCCUGAAGCUGCAGUUUGGACUCAUCAACCAUGAGAGUCGCUACCUCACUGCUGAGACCUUUGGCUUCAAGGUAAAUGCAUCAGCGCCCAGCCUGAAGAAGAAGCAGAUAUGGACACUAGAGCAGGACUCCCAGGACUCCCAGGUGGUCUACCUGCGCAGCCACCUGGGCCGCUACCUGGCUUCCGACAAAGACGGCAAGGUCACCUGCGAGGCUGAUGGGCGCAAUUCUGACUGCCGCUUCCUCAUCGUGGCUCAGUCGGACGGCCGCUGGGCUCUACAGUCCGAGCAAUACCUUCGCUUCUUUGGUGGGUCCCAAGACUACCUGUCCUGUUUUGCCCAGGUCAUCACCGACGCCGAGCUGUGGGCGGUCCACUUGGCACUCCACCCACAAGCCAAUUUGCUGUCCGUGGCCCGCAAACGCUACGCCCACCUCUCUGAGGAGGAUGGGGAGAUUGCCGUAGACCGAAACAUCCCGUGGGGCGUGGCGGCGCUCUUGACCCUCGUCUACCUGGACGGGAAGUACUGCCUGAAGACCUGCGACAGCCGCUUCCUCAGCAAUGAUGGAAAGCUGUUGGCCCAGAGCAGCAAGACGACGGCAUACACACUGGAGCUGAAAUGCGGAAAGCUGGCCUUUAAAGACUGUGAGGGGAAGUACCUGUCACCCAUGGGGCCAACAGGCACCCUGAGAUCUGGACGCUGCUCCAAGCCAGGCAAAGAUGAGCUGUUUGACCUCGAGGAGAGCCACCCACAGGUGGUUCUGAUGGCAGCCAAUGGGCGUUACGUCUCCAUAAGACAAGGAGUGAGCCUUGCAGCCAAUCAGGAGGACGAGACGGACAUGGAGACGUUCCAGAUGGAGAUUGACAAGGAAACCAAGAAGUGUACGUUCAGAACGAGCCAGGGCAACUACUGGGCUCUAGUGGCCCAUGGAGGCAUCCAGAGUACGGCCACUGAAGCGUCAGCAAACACCAUGUUCGCAAUGGAGUGGCUUGGCCACAGGGUGGCACUAAAAGCCAACAAUGGAAAAUAUGUUUGUACCAAGAAGAAUGGACAGCUACUGGCUGUCAGUGACUCCAUUGGUGAGGAUGAGCAGUUGACUCUGAAGUUGAUCAACCGGCCCAUGCUGAUCCUGAGAGGAGAGACGGGUUUCAUCUGCCAUCACAGGAACUCCAACACUCUGGAUGCUGGCCGUUCAGUCUAUGACAUCUUCAGCUUGCACUUCAGUGAUGGAGCUUACCACAUUAAAGGUGUGAGCGGGCGGUUCUGGUACGUGAACAGCGCCGGCUUGGUGUGCUCAGACGGUGAAACCCCUGAAGAUUUUACCCUGGAGUUCCCGGAGCAUGGCCGAAUCGCCAUCCGGGGCAAAAAUGGCAAAUACCUGCGCGGAGACCAGGGAGGCACGCUGAAGGGGGAUGGACUCGGCCCCAACAGCUCGGCCCUGUGGGAAUACUGAUCUGGGAGUGCAGCAGACAUGAGGCCAGCUCCGUUUGACGCAUCUCGAGGUAGAGGUGAUCAGCCACUAAUCACCUCAGUGGCAUUUAGAGGUAGAGGACAGCUGUUUAUCAGUGACUAGGUGCGGUCUCUACCAAUUUUCUUCCACUCCUUUCCUCCUCCCAGUGGCACACAAGGACUUAAAGAGAAACAGACUCAUACUGGGGGAGAGAGUGUGAGGAGAAACUGACCAGGCAUGAUCAGCCAAGAAGAGUCUAGACAGAUUGAAUCAUGUUUGGAGUCAGAGCCUGUUUUCAAAACAGCAAUACUGGUGUGAAUGAACCUUUUUAGAGUUGUUGUGUUUUUCCCCCUCUUUUCCCACAGUGAGCAUUCAGUGAAAGAUGAAAUUUUCAGAUGAUUCUGAAAUAUUCACACUAGCAUACAUACAAAUGCAUAGUGCUGAUUUCGAUUUCAUAAAGACCAAUUUAUUCCUCCUCCUCAUAACAAGACAGAUUUCUUAACCCUUCUGGCAAUUUCUAAAGGCCAGACCUGUAACUGUUCUUUUAGCUGAUUUUUUUUUUUUUUUAUUAUUUAUUUUAAAUCUUUUCAGAGCAUCCUUGUUACACUGCACUGUGCUGAAACGGAUUAUUCUAGUCUAUCAAUUAGUCUAGACUAUUCUAUUAUUCUUUUGUUAAUCAAUUCAUCAUUUAAUAUAUACAGUGUCAAAAAUAAUGACAAAUGCUCAUGGGAAAUUAGCAGAGCCCAAAGUAAUAUCUUCAAAUUGCUUCCUAGCCUGACCAGCAGCCACAAAACCAAAACUAUUAAUUUUUUUAACAAGAUGACUUGAGAAAAGACAAAAAUCUUUCUAUUUAGUCAGUUGAGCCGAAAUCAGCAAAUGUUUGGGAUUUUUACUCGAUAAAGACCUAGCAAUUAAUUGAUUAUAACAAUUCAAUUUCCUGUCCAUCAAUUAAUCGACUAAUCGUUUCAGAAUUUUCCUUUGUAUCGUCCCGGCCAUUUUGCCAAUGCUGACAUUUAAUAUGUGAGUGACCGCGUGCAUCGAUUGGUGUCUAAUGACUUACAGGCAAAAGCUGACACUUGUUGCUCAGUUAAUGAGUGCUCCAAGAAGAAACCGGGUGCCAUUUGAGCCAGACCAAGUCACCAUUAUGAGUGAAGUCACCUUAGUCAGGUGUGCGUCAUUACCACGGUAGUAUUGUCAGAGGAUGCAUAUUAGCAGACGAGAAUGAUUGGGUUUCUAGCAUGCAACCAAGUAACAGCAGACUGUAACUAAGACUCAUGUAGACGGAGUGCUAAUGUGCUGAUUUACAGCCUGCUGAAUUUUUCAUUUGUCCUUCUGUUAUGUUUUACAGCAAUGUUUCUUUCUUUACUCUUUUAUGAUCGUGGAAAUAAAACCCAUCUUGAAUGACAA